AAAAUCAGAAAAAUAUCCUCCCUAAGGGAUGCAAGACUAUAUUUGGUCCGAGAUGAGAAAUGGGUCAGUUGCUGGAAUUCUGGUGAUGAAUGGGAAACCGCAAAUCAAGGGGAGCAACAUUCACGUCAAACCUUUUGUGCAGAGGAGAAACAACAUAAAUGUUCAGAGUGUGGAAAGUGCUUCAUCACAAAGAGUAACCUUAGAACCCAUCAACGAAUCCACACCGGUGAGAAACCACAUAAAUGCUUGGAGUGUGGGCAGGGUUUCACUCAGAGUGCCCAACUCAAGAGACACCGAAGCACCCACACAGGGAAGAAACCCUACAGAUGCUUGGAGUGUGGAAAAAGCUUCAAUGACAGUUCAGCCCUGAUUACACACCAAAUCAUUCACAUGGAGGAGAAACCCUAUAAAUGCUUGGAAUGUGGGAAAUGUUUCACUUCAAACACACACCUGAAUAUUCAUCAAAGGACUCAUACUGGAGAGAAACCAUACAUGUGCUCAGAGUGUGGAAGGAGUUUCAGCGUGAACAGUAAUCUCGCUUCACAUCGCAGGACUCACACGGGGGAGAAGCCCUCCAAAUGCUUGGAAUGUGGAAAGUGCUUCAGUUCAAACAGACACUUGAGUAGACACCAAAGAAUUCACACUGGGGAGAAACCUUACACUUGCAGGGAGUGUGGAAAGAGCUUCAGUGUCAGUGGCCAUCUUACUUCCCAUUAUAGAACUCAUACUGGGGAGAAACCCUAUACAUGUUUAGAAUGUGGAAAAAGCUUUAGUAUGAGCAGUUCUCUCACUUCCCACCGGAGAAGCCACACAGGGGAGAAACCGUACAAAUGUUUGGAGUGUGGAAAAUGCUUCGCCCGCAGUUCGGACCUGAUUAUCCACAAGCAAAUUCACACAGGGGAGAAACCCCAUCGGUGCUCCAUCUGCGGCAAGGGCUUCAGCACAAAGACCAACCUGAGCACACAUCAAAGGAAUCACACGGGGGAGAAACCCUAUCAAUGCGCCGAGUGUGGCAAGAGCUUCAGCUGGAAUGCCCACCUUCUUGCACACCAAAGGAUCCACACAGGGGAGAAACCCUUCCGGUGUUUAGAGUGUGGAAAAAGCUUCAGUGUGAGUAGUCACCUCACUUCCCAUAAUAGAAUCCAUACAGGGGAGAAACCCUAUACAUGUUUGGAGUGUGGGAAACGGUUCCCUUGCAAUUCUGACCUUAGAAAACACAAACGAAAUCACACUGGAGAAAAGCCCUACAAAUGCCUGGAGUGUGGAAAGAGUUUUAAUCAGAAAAGGAACCUCACUUCCCAUCAGAGAGGCCACAUGGAAGAUAUCAUCUAACUGGUAGAAUGGGAAAAAUAAUCUCCCUUUCACAACAAACUUUAAAACAGUUAUAUUUUUAAGACAGGAUCUAAAAGAAGCCUUGAGUAACUUACAAGCAUAGCAGGAGGACCAAGAAACACAUUUUGAAUUGAAUUAGAUGUUUCAGUGCUGAAUAUCUCUUGAAUAAAUAUUUAUUUUGUAAAACGGAAAGAUGAAAAACAUUAAUUUUAAACGAUACGUUUCGGUUUGUCAUUUAGCAAAGCCGAUGGUUUGCCUGUUCAACCAAAAUCUGUAUGAUGCAAGGAAAAAAAAGUUGAAUUCUGUAUCUUAUGACUGACUUCCUGCAGUAAAAUAAAGGGACAAAUGGUGGUAGUUUACUGAACGGUUAGCUCAGAAACUGGAAAUCUUACAAUUGUAGUUAAUCAAACAGCACAACUGAAACAAGCCAGGAAUACAGAGACACCGUGAAUCAAGCAAGCAUCGUUUAAGGCAGCACAACAAGACUUAUGGGUCCUGAAUCAGUAGUAGGAUUAGGAUCCAAAUGUUUUAGACUUGCUUUCUGAAAUAUGUGGUGGAUUUUGUUUUUCCUGCAAAUGUUUAGAGGGCCCUUAAUUCAUGUCUACGGUUCUGCAUAUUGCUUUUUCAGAUUGCCUUUGCCAGCAGUGAAUUCCUUAUAGCCGAUUAAUACUCUCGCCGAAAAGUAUAAUUCAAAUGCUUUCCGGGGGUUCUAAAGAACAAAGAAUAAGUGAACGUAUUUGAAUCCCUGUUUCACUUUUAUUAAUGCACAGUUCAGUAAAAUGCAGAGAAUGAUACCCUUGUUAAGGUAAUGCUUUUAUUAAACCAGUGGAAGCGUUUCAAAAUGCUGUGCAUGCUUUGGAGUUGUUCAGGGAGAUUUCACUGGGGAGGGUAGCUGAAAAUCCAGGUUAAAAUGGAGCGGUCUGAAGGAAAAAAAUGAAUAGUGUUCAGGCUUGUUUAACCCACCAAUAAUCUUAGGCAGAGUGCUGGAGAACCAGCACAUUCACCAGUUCUGUUUUGGGUACAGAACUGAGUUGAGUUAUCUAAAGGAAUCUUACAGAUUUUGACAGGAAAAAGAAAUGAGCAAGUUGGUCUCACAUCUUGUAAUGGUACGUGGGAAGGACUUUGGGAGACGGGGAA